UUCCCUGGUUGCCAAGAAGCCUGCAAAUUCCAUGAGGAUGCUUCCCUACGAGCCCAGCAGACCCAGCCAGUCAUCCAUACCAAGGGAGAAGGAGUGAUACGUGUAGCCGGGGCCUUAGCAAGGUGGCCUAGGCCUACCAACGUCGAUCCCAAAACACCUCUAGUCUACGUUGUGAUGAGGAAAACACAGACAGGACCUUGGAGGCAAAUAAUCCAGACGCUAGAUUACACUACAAGGGUUCCUGCGAAUUCCGACCAGCCUGGUACAAUGUUGAGGGUACUGGUAGUUGACCCACAAGGAUUGGUGACGAUAUACAGCCCAGAUGAAGCAAAUUUGAGGGAAAAUAAGAAAAGGAAGAAGACAAUUAACACUGAAAUUAAAGCGACUACAAGCAAAAGCACAUCAGCUGAUGAUGCUCCUUGGGAGUUGAAAGAAAUAUCCCUUAUCCAUCAGAAGGUCUUGGUGAUAGGUGAGAUAGCUUGGGAGCCAAAAGCAAUCAGAGGUGUCUAUCUAGUCACCUGGGAGGUCGAUGGAGGUGGUCUGAAAGGCAACCUUUUCACAGACUCUACUUGUGUCACACUUUCCCUCUGGCCUGACACCAUCUACCACAUUCAAGUGGAACUAGUGUCGCGAGUACCAGGUGCAGAUAACCUCAAAUCAGAAAUGAUGGACUUGGACACAGGCCGAGCCCAGAGAGUCUCCACUGAAACUGACAUGAACGUUAUGCCUGACGGCGAAGUACCACAAGAUGGGGAAUUCAGCUCACCACUCCUGUCUGUACUCUUUAGCGCUGUCAAGGGAGAAAGCACGAGGAAAAGGUACCACAACGUGGAACUGGUUCUUGGAGGAUGUGCAGCGAUAGUAUUGUUCUUCAUUGUGUUCGCCUUGACGGCUUGGAAAUGCAGGAGAAGACAAGGCAAAGCAGCUGAUAACAUGAUCACAGGGGUCAGUUCCAUUAGGAGUCAGAAGCUGGUGGAGGAUAUCACCGGGUACACAGGAUUCCAACCCAUAAUCCCUGUAAUGACACCUCCGGCGAACCCGCUGUCAAUCAGCGAACCACCAGAGGUAGUCUUCCAGGGCUCCAACACCACCAACUACAACCUGCACCAGGAAAAGUGUACAGUGCAGGUGUGACGUCACGGCUGCUACGAUUCCUUGCAGGACCGUAUUGGCUGAAAGGAGAGUUCCUAAGACUGCUUGACGAUUUGUGAAUAGUGUUUGGUGGUCAUUGGGAAUAGACCAAAUGACGGUGGGACGGGCAAGUGAAUGGUGUCUGUAAUCUGGUGCUUCUAGAGGGGAGGAAUUUAACAUUUUGCUUUAGUUACAUGUGGAUACAACACCGGCAACAGUUAAAGCACAUAAAGUAAAGCAACCAGAUGUACCUACUGUUUAUGCUGGACAGCUACCAAAGAACCUUUGGUUUUUGCCAUUUUUUGUUCAUUUUCCCAUGUUCAUUUACAGAAACACACAAUUGAAAAUUUAAGUUUUUCGAAGUAAAAGUACACAGUUAGUAGUGGUACUACUUUCUGAAAUUCUAUUAGCACUUGAUUACUUGACAAAUUGUAAAUGUGUAUAAAAACUAGUCUUUAUUUGAGAGAAUGCUGAAGAGUUUGCUGAAGAGUCCUAAAAUGUAUUUGAUGUAACUGCAUUACGCGUUAAAGCUGCAAAAACUUUACACGUUUUAGAUCGGUUGCAGGAUGAGCUUGGAGAUACAUACAUAAAUUUUGGAAAUUCAUUACAUUAAAUAUACAUUGGACCCAUCUGUAGUAACUAGUGCACCUGUUACAGAUAUAAUAAUUUAAACAAUUACGAGUAUAUGCAAGGUUGUGGAAUAUAAGUUCACAUUAUUAUAGAAUUUCACAACGAAUGCUAUAUAGGGUCAGGCUCUGUAAGAAACUACAAGAGUUACAUUUUAUUAUGUACUAAAAUGAAUGGAUUUCCAAAAAUGAAUGGUGUUGCUAUCAAAUAGAUAGUACGACAAAGCUGUGCAAGUAAGUUGGCUCUAAUUUGCUUAUAUAGCCGAAGGUUCAUUUUUAUCGUUUUCUAGCAUUUGUAUCUAUUGAAAAAUUAUUACGUUUUUUGACUGUGUUAUUUUAGUUAAUUUAUUCAACUUUCAUAGAUAUGAUAUUUAAGAUAAAAAUGAAUUGUAAUUAAAAUGUACAUACUAUAAAGCUAUAAGAAGUGAGAGUCUGAUACAUAGAGAUUUAAAAAAAAUUAACGUGUCGGAAGGUGAUUGUCAAUAUUAAGAUCUUAAUCAUUGUAGCAAUGUUCAACUAUAGAUAUAGGCGUGAGUGUUCAUGACUUGAGGCGAAGCUUAUGAUUGAAAUGAACUUGUAGUGCCAAAGCAAACGUCAGACAAGUUAUGUAUUGAAUGGACAAAACUAAUGAAACCGAAAGAUGAAAGACCUUUUGCACAACCUUAUAAGUAAAUAUUUCAAGGUUUUCAGUUGAGCUUAUAGAUGGUGAUGAUCAUGAUGGUGAUUUAAUAACUAUACUGAAGAUGCUGAGACGAGUCAACUCUGGCGUCAGACGUUGUUUCGCGGAUUUUCGUAAAAGAAAAUUCAGAGCACAAGUGUUUCAUGUUAUCAGUUAUUUCAGUAGCUGAUUUAAAACUUCAACAUGUUUCUCAGUAGAAGUAUCAUUAGUCUUAUCCAUUCCUGAGUUGCUGACCGAUUGAAAUAAGAAAUGAACGCUCAUGGAUUUUAGAGGCUUCUCCAAUUUUAUGUCUCGUAUUUUAUACGUUAAGAUGCAUCGCAGACAAGAGCUUAAAGGUAUGCGUCAACUGGGACCCAACGUUCGGAACGUAGGCACGACAUGUAAUAGAUUUUAGUUGGUAACCAGGUUUAUUGGAUCCCUUGCGUACCGUGCGUGCGUUACAACUGGUACGGACUAGUGGACGAGUAUCUUAAUACAUAUCCAUCCUCUUUUAAAUAAUUGCACAUUGAAUUGAAAUUCAAAGCUAUGGUGUCAAAGCCUUUUUAGAGAGGAGUAUGCCAGGAUAUGUCGGUGUUGCAUCGCAUAUUUAUUGAUUUUGAGCUACAAUUUUAUCCCUUAUGGUUGUUUCAAAAUAUGCCAUAAUACCUUUUUAUGAUUUUUGUAAAUAUUUUCGUGUAUUAUAAAUUCUCUACCACAUAUUGUAUAAGUUAUUUUUCUAUUAAAAUCAUGGUCUCAGUCAGUUCCAUGGCUAAAUGUAAAUAUUUAUUAUUACGAUGAAUAUGAUUAUCUGUGGAAAUUA